AUGGAAAACGGCACACUGGGGCUACUUGAUGAUGUUGAGACCCGGUGGGAGAACGUCGAGUGCAAACGCUAUGAAAUUUGCCGCGUCAUCUCUCCGGCGAAGCUCACUCCCUACCUUCGACAGUGCAAAGUGUUGGAUGAGCAAGAUGAAGAUGAGAUUCUCAACUCCCUGUUGUUGGUCUCCAAAGCAAACCGCACAAGUCGCCUUCUUGACAUCCUCCACUCCAAGGGAGAAAGGGGAUAUGUGGUGUUUUUGGAAAGCUUGGAAUUUUACUAUCCUGAGCUCUACAAACAGGUUACAGGGAAGAAUCCCACUCGUCGCUUUUCCACAAUUGUAGUCGAGGAGGGUCAUGAAGGUCUGACCCAGUUUUUGAUGGAUGAGGUGGUGAAGCUGCAGCAGCAAUAUAAAGUUAAGACCCUGCAGCACGUUGAGCUCAGCAGGAAGAACUGCACCCUGGAGGAUGAGCAGAAGAAACUGCGGCUUGUAAACCAGGAACUUCAGACUUCACAGCAGAGGUACAACAAAAUGAAAGAAGAAAGAAACACUUACAAUGACGAGCUACUUAGAAUCAAGGAUGAGAACUACAAACUGGCCAUGAGAUACGCCGCUCUGAGCGAGGAGAAGAACUUAGCAGUGAUGAGGAGCAGAGACCUUCAGUUGGAGAUUGAUCAGUUUAAGCACAAGCUAAACAAGAUGGAGGAAGAGUGUAAAAUGGAGCGGAAGCAAAGUCUCAAGCUGCAAAAUGACAUUGAAAAUCGGCCCAAGAAGGAGCAGAUCCUAGAGCUCGAGAGGGAGAAUGAGACUCUUAAGAUCAAACUACAGGAGCUGCAGUCGUUCAUCCAGCCUGGUCCCCUGUUUACAUCGGACAAAGACAUCCUUGACAUCUUGGAGCAUGAUCGACAGGAAGCGAUUGAAGACAGACAAGACCUCGUCAAUCGCCUCUACAAUCUCCAUGAGGAAGUCAGACAGGCAGAAGAACUACGAGACAAGUACUUGGAAGAGAAGGAGGACCUGGAACUGAAGUGCUCCACGUUACAGAAAGACUGCCAAAUGUAUCGCAACCGAAUGGACACCAUCACCAUGCAGCUCAAGGAAGUGGAAAAAGAGAGGGACCAGGCCUUUCGGGCCAGAGACGAUGCCCAGCACCAAUUCUCCCAGAGUCUGAUUGACAAAGACAAGUAUCGCAAGCAGAUUAGAGAGUUGGAGGAGAAAAGUGAUGAGCUCCAGAUUGAGAUGGUGCGGAAAGAAGCCCGGCUGGUCACACUAGAGUCUCGCCUGCGACGGAUCUCCAAGGACAUUGCCUUAGAUCAAAGCCUACCAAGGGAUUUAGCCCCGGCAAUCCUCUGUCAACAAGAGAGUAAACCUGCCCAGAGUCUUUUAGAAUGGUCAAGUGAUGAGUCACCAGAGGAGAGGAUUUUCCCUGAAGAGUCCCGCCUAAGACGCAGACCCAAUCUGAAAGCAGUGGUCAGGCAAUAUUCACCCACUCACCUUCCAAUUAACAUAGAGGCUGUUCAUCCUGCUGCAGCCAAUGUGGGAGACCUUCUUGAAAUUCAGAUGAAAAACAUGCCAGCCAACAGCAACUCCCUCCCUCCUUCCCCCAGUUUCCCCCCCGUAUUGCCUACGUAUCCCAACAACUCAACCCCCGCCCUCAUUUCGUCCUCCUCUUCUCUAUAUCAUCCCACGACUGAACAGUCGAAUCGGCCGAAUAUGAUGCGGAACCGCAAUGACAGCAUUCAAUCCACGCAGCCAGAGCCCCCCGAGAAAGCAUCGCUGUACCGAAGAAAAAGGGAGAACGAAAACGAUUUCCAGCCCCGCAGCCUCUCGGACUUUGACAGCGACAAUAUGGAAUUGGAAUUUGUGAGGCGUGGUCCAUCAUCUGUCCACUCGUCUUCCUCGUCCCAUCAGUCAGAAGGCAUGGACGCUUAUGACAUUGAGCAAGUCAACAAUAUCUUCAGAAAACUUUCUUUAGAAAGGCCAUUUCGUCCGUCUCUGUCCUCCUUGUCUAGUAUCCGCUCGACAAUGAAGCCUGUGCAGGAGUUUACAUUACUGGGUGAAAAUCUGCUGAACGACACCACUCUUGUUGGCGGCAAUGACAGUGGGAUUUUCAUCUCAUCUGUCCAGCCGGGCUCUGUCGCAGAGAAGACUGGGUUGCGCGAAGGUCAUCACCUCUUAUUGCUUGAAGGCCACAUACGUGGAGAGAACCAGAGAAUAUCAUUGGAAAUCAGCACCCAGGAGGAAGCUUACUGGGUGCUGCAGCACUGCUCUGGACCAAUCAGGUUGCACUAUAGAGCUAAUUUUGACAUUUACCGUCGUCUUCAGUGGGACCUCGCAGAAGGUAAACGGUUUUCUGGAGACUCCUUCUACAUCCGGGUGAACCUCAAUAUCUCCAGCCAUCUGGACAAUUGCUCGCUGAGUGCGCAAUGUGAUGAGGUAGUCCAUGUUCUGGACACAAAACAUCAAGGGCUAUGCGAGUGGCUGUGUGCCCGCGUUGACCCCUACAGCGGGUGCGACCUGCAAGAACGUGGAACUCUGCCUGGCAAUUCACGGGCUCAGCAACUCCUUCUUGUAAAGAUACAGAAGUUGAUGUGUCGAGGCGGAAGAGAAGAAAAUGAAAUUCAGCGCAACGUAAGGAACAAUUUGCUGCCAGAAGAAGGCAGCCCGUCUUCUGACCCCAAAGCCAGCCCACGCAUGUCGAGAGCGAGCAUCUUUCUCACCCAGAUCCUGCAGCUCGUCAGCAGAGCAGAAACUAAAUACAAGCGACUCAACAGCAAUGAGCGUGUGAGGAUCAUAACCUCAGACGCCACCGAUUCUGAGGGGGAGAUGAGCAGAAAUUUGAAUCUGAUCCCCUACAGCCAUGUCACCCCCCGAUGGACUGAGAGGAGGAGACCGGUACUCUUCACGCCCACAGCUUUAGCCAAAACACUUUCACAGAAAUUAGUCAACAUGGGGGGCGCCGUGGACUUUAGUGUGUGCAAACCAGACAUUUUAUCCAAAGAGGAAUUUAACCACAAACCGGGUGCAGACUGCUACGUUUACUUCAAAGAAAAAGGUGCCUCUUUCGAAUUCAUCACCAGGGAGAGUUUGGAGGCCAUCACUGCAAAGGGCAAACACUGCCUACUGGACGCCGAACUGAGCUGCGUCAAAAACCUACUGAGGAUGGAAAUGUACCCAAUCAUCAUUUUUGUCAAGAUCUGUGAAAAAAAUGUCAAGAAGCUGCGGAAAUUGCCACUGCGCCUAGAGUCAGAGGAGGAGUUUCUGAAGUCAUGCAGGCUGAAAAAGAAGGAGCUGGAGGGUAUUCCGUGUCUCUACGCGAGCCUCGAGCAAGAUGCCUGGCCAGGGACAGAUGACCUCAUCAGAGUUGUCAAAGAGCGGAUAUUUGAAGAGCAGAAGAAGACUGUGUGGGUGGAGGAGAAUCUCCUGUAG